CGGGAGCGGCUGCGAGCAGCGCCGCCCGCAAGUACCCUACGUGCCCUGAGCACGAAAUGGAGAACUACAGCAUGUACUGUGUGAGCUGCAGGACCCCGGUGUGCUACCUGUGCCUGGAGGAAGGCCGGCACUGCAAGCACGAGGUGAAGCCGCUGGGGGCCAUGUGGAAACAGCACAAGGCUCAACUGUCUCAGGCCUUAAAUGGCGUUUCCGAUAAGGCAAAAGAAGCCAAGGAGUUUCUAGUCCAGCUGAAAAACAUCCUGCAGCAGAUCCAGGAGAACGGCCUAGAUUAUGAAGCUUGCCUGGUGGCUCAGUGUGACGCGCUGGUUGAUGCUUUAACCCGGCAGAAAGCCAAACUGCUCACCAAGGUUACUAAAGAGAGGGAGCACAAGUUGAAGAUGGUUUGGGACCAGAUCAAUCACUGCACCCUGAAGCUGCGCCAGUCCACGGGGCUGAUGGAGUACUGCUUGGAGGUGAUGAAGGAGAACGACCCGUCCGGGUUCCUGCAGAUCUCCGACGCCCUGAUCAAGCGCGUCCAGGUGUCCCAGGAGCAGUGGGUCAAAGGCGCCCUGGAGCCCAAAGUGUCUGCGGAGUUUGAGCUGACCCUGGACAGCGAGCCACUCCUGCAGGCCAUUCACCAGCUGGACUUCAUUCAGAUGAAAUUGCCGCCUGUCCCCCUGCUGCAGCUGGAGAAGUGCUGCACGCGGAACAACAGCGUCACGCUGGCCUGGAGGACGCCGCCCUUCACCCACAGCCCCGUAGACGGCUACAUCCUGGAGCUGGACGACGGCGACGGGGGGCAGUACCGGGAGGUGUACGUUGGCAAGGAGACCCUGUGCACCAUCGACGGUCUGCAUUUCAACAGCACCUACAAUGCCAGGGUCAAGGCUUUCAACUCCUCCGGCGUCGGGCCCUAUAGUAAAACGGUUGUCCUGCAGACGUCCGACGUGGCCUGGUUCACGUUUGACCCCAACUCUGGGCACCGGGACAUCAUCUUAUCCAACGACAACCAGACAGCCACCUGCAGCAGCUACGAUGACCGGGUGGUGUUGGGCACGGCGGCCUUCUCCAAGGGCGUGCAUUACUGGGAGCUGCACGUGGACCGCUACGACAACCACCCGGACCCUGCCUUCGGGGUGGCCAGGGCCAGCGUGGUCAAGGACAUGAUGCUGGGCAAGGACGACAAGGCCUGGGCCAUGUACGUGGACAACAACCGCAGCUGGUUCAUGCACUGCAACUCCCACACCAACAGGACGGAAGGCGGAGUGUGCAAGGGGGCCACGGUGGGCGUGCUGCUGGAUCUGAACAAGCACACGCUGACCUUCUUCAUCAACGGGCAGCAGCAGGGCCCCACGGCCUUCAGCCACGUGGACGGCGUCUUCAUGCCAGCCCUUAGCCUCAACCGCAACGUGCAGGUCACCCUGCACACCGGGUUGGAAGUGCCAACCAACCUGGGACGGCCAAAGCUAUCGAGUAACUAGCCUCCCAGCUCCUGCUCCGCACGGCCACCCCUCACUGUGUUCACGUGACCCCCGAGGGCAGCAUGCCCACCUCUCGGGUGCCAUCCAGCAUCCACUGAGCAUCUCAGAGACACGUUUUCUUCGGGGGAUGGAGGAUGGUCUGCAGGCCGUGCUCACUGAGGCCACUGUCGGUAGCAAACACGGGUAUGUGUUUCCCGUCAUCCCACCCAGAUGUUACAAAGAUGAAGAAGGACCUUUUGCAAGGCAGUCAGGAGGCAUUCGGGAUUUCGUUUUGUUUCCUGCCGUCUGCUUUCAAGGCUUACCUUUUUGCGGGGUGCCGAGAGGAGAGCAGACUCUGAAACCAGCAUCCUGAGAGCAGGAGGCAGAAGAACACUUGGGAAGCCCACAUCCUCUGUACCGUGCCCCUGCUGGACGCCGUUCCUUCAGAGAACCACGGCUGCAGAUUCCCAUCUUUGCCAGGAAAAGUUAUCCUUUGGCUUUUUGGUCCAGG